AUGGCGGAGUGGGUGUCUAUCGUCGAGGAACUAAAAACCCUUGCAGACCAACUACAUAUGUUUUGCCCCCGUCAAAAUGACAAUGACAUGGGGCAGUACAAUGACGACUAUAUACAAUCUCUCAAUCUCACCGGCCUGGACGUGAAACCCAACGUCGAGAACCUUGAUCGAAUUUCCGAGGCUACCGUGAGGCGACAAAAAUUCCUAUCAUCCAUGCGCCUACUUGCCUACAACAGCGAUGAAAUCCAAAUCCAUCAGCAAUGGAUCUGGAGCCGACUCGAGCACGACCUGGGAAAAUGUGAACUGUGUGUCAAGGAAUACUAUAGAGGAAAGGGCUGGCUUAUGGAGAAUCUGCGCGAAAGCUAUGACGAGUCUGAAGUCGAAAACUUUUCCAAAAUUAUUGAUGAACGGGAUAUCAAACGAGUUGUGAAGAAUCUGGAUAGGGCAACUGAGGCUUUGAAGGCAGUUCCCCCUCAACAGCGGAGUCUUUCCGUCCUGGACCGCGCGGCAAUGUUGUCGAUUUUUGAAGCGAUGAGCUCAAAGGCCAUGGUGAAUGACGAUGAGUUACUGCGGGCGCAUUUCGAUGAGCCGUUUAACUUGAUACAGACCAACCGGACGUUGAAAAUGACCGAAUACAUCCCCGCAACCACUCACUUCCUUUUUAGUGAUAAUCAGGAACGGCGGCGUUGGGCAAUUAUGUCUUGGGGGAAAAUGAAAAGACCUCCCACUACGCUAGAAUUCGACUGGGCUAUCAAGGAGCCACUUGUUGAAGCUAUACGUCGAGCCUCCUAUGUGCCUCUCCAACCUGAUCUUGUCCAGAGACUCUGGACAGGCGUUCAUGCCAUCAUUGACCGGCUAGGAAAAGAACAGAUCACCCACAACCUCCGAGCUUUGGAAACCGACCCUUGUCGACUAUCAGUGGAUCACCUUGCCAUCCCAACCCCCGGUUUGCGUCCGCUCUUAAAUACUCUUCAGAUCUUCCUCGAGAAGUCACCGGGUGAUUUUUGGGAUGCGAUGCAGGCGAUUUCUCCGCAGGCUAUUGUCGAGCAAAUCUUUUCUAACCCUCAAUAUGAUGCCUUCCUUCUUGAAACACCCGAAGAUUCUUCUCUCGAGAAACCUUCACCUCUGAGAGAUAUGUUAUCGUGGGUUGAGCCAUUUAUGGCAUCACUUCAAGGGGCUCAACAGCCUCAAGCAUGUCGGGUUCUUGCGUUCCACCUUCUCAACCGCCUACAGGCCUCCCGCUUUCCGCCAGUAUCUAGGUUUAACUGCUUUCGAGUCGGUCUCAACAUUCUGAUUUCCACUCUACGGACCUUCACUGACAACGAGUCUACUCGAGGCUCUGUUGCCAGGGUUGUCUUGUCUGAUAUUCUUGAAGUUAUCAGUGAUAACAUUGACCAUUUUCUUGAGCCUACCGAAUUUCCAAUCGAUGGGAGUCAAGAGCUCUUAGCGGGGUUAUGUGUGGCUGUCAUUCGAAAUGCCCUUGCGCUAGAAUGUCAAUCACUAAAAUCUGACUAUGAGUCUAUCCUUCGUCAGAAAACAAUGGCACAUGAAGUGAGCACAUACUCGGCUAAGAUUUGGGAUGCUGUGGUCCGCCAUUUGAAUGAGGAUAACCUUGGGCUCUCGAGCGCAGCUCUCAUGGGUAUCCUGCCCCUGGUUGGACUGGAGAAGUUCCCAACCAAAGGAGAGAAUAGUAGAGAGAAAACCAAUUUCAAUGUCAUCUACGGCCAUUUGACGCACCUUGUCAGUCAGAUACUUGAACGGCUAGCUGAUUUCAAGCCUGAACAUUUGGAUCAUUUGUUCAAGAGCCAUGAUACCAAUGGCUCGUUGAUAUCCGCGCUUUUCUCCGCCGACUUAAAUACCUACCAGGCUGCAGUAGAUCUUAUCAAGACUAUUAGUGGUCAAUCUGGUCGUAAAGAAGCAAUAUCGCACCUUCUACAAUCCUUCUUUGCCACGACGAUGUACGGUUUCAGUUUUUCAUUUAGACGAAUUUCCAAUAUGAGAACAUUCGCAUCCGCACCUCGAAUGCUUAAAACUGGGACGGACAUCAUCGACGUUCUUUGUGAUUCUGAAACGGGGAUCCUCAGGACUCGGAAGCUAGUCGACCGUGUAGAGGUUCUCGCGCUCCAAAAGCUUUGGGAGUACCAAUGGCAGGCUCUCACUACGAUAUUCCAACAAACGGAGGCCUGGCACAUGAUGGGAAAUGAUAGGAUGGUUAUGCUGGAAUUUUGUCGAGACACAAUUCAGUUUGCGGAUCUCGUUUUCAACCAAUUUAAUAUUUUUGCCAGCAGCAUUGCCGAAUUCAAUCCCUCUGAAACCAAAUCGUCGAGUGAGAACCUGGUCAAAGCACCCGCAUCAACCAUGGAGUCGAUGGUCAAAUGGCUUCGUUUGAAAGAUGAUUUUCUUGCAACUACCAUUGUAGGGCUUGUUGCGAAGCUCCUCCGCCGCAUGGGGGAAUUGGAAGUAAAAUUGGCUACAGUCAGUCUAAAGUACAUUGAAGACGUCGCUCGAUUCUCCGUGAUUAAAACGAUUUUAACAGCCCAAGAAAAGGCUGAGCUCGUGAGAGCUUUGGAGUCAUACUAUAAGAAGUCAUUUCCAAGCGAGCAACUGGCACCGACGCCAGCUCCUAAGAAACAGAAGCAGAUUAUGAUAACCGCUUAUGCAAAACCGGUCGAUACUAUUAGCAUCUCAAGCUCGUCGUCUAAGGUUUCUGCAAGUGAGGGAGAUGAAUUUGGCUAUCUCUCCGAUGAUGUUCUUGUGGAGCUGUCAAGCUCCGUUGAGUUAAACAAGGCCCGUAUUGCAGCGCAGAAGAAGUCACAAAAACUAGCUGCUUUAUCAGAGAAGAGCACCCUUAAGCCAUCACUUCCCUCGGACAAGUCAACCCAUUCUUCAGAGAAGUCAACUCUUUCCUUGCAGAGGCCAACCCUUCCAUUCCCUAAACGGGCGCCACAACCACUCAAACCAGCUGUGAGCGUCUCCUCCUUCCGCGAGAAGCGCGAACGGGAGAAGGAGGAGAAAAAGAAACGUGAUAUGGCUGAGCUUGCCCGUGUGAAGAAGAAGCUCUCCGUGCAGACUGCUAACCAGGGCUCUGGUGUGAGUGGAAUUGGUGCUAAUAGCAGCGGAGAUCGCCCUGUUGAGAGUAUGAUGGUCUCCGACUCGGACUCGAGUGCCGAUAGCGAAGGCGGAAAUGAUUCAGGUGCCUACGGGCAACAAAUAAAAUCUAAGCCCGCUGCAGUGAGAGAAUAUGAGGAAAGUAAAAGGCAUCUCCUAAACCGCCGAGGCCCUAUUAGGAAAAUUAAAGUUGCGCGAUCUGCUAAGGAUAUGCGAGCAAGAUUGUCGCCAGAUCUCUCGGGUUUACACAAGACUUUGCUGGGCUGGGAUUUCUUUGCAGAUGGUGACAUUCCUCCUGCUUCGGGUCGUACAGAUUAUACUCUCGUUUCCAAUACGUUUUCCGAUGCCACGGAUUACCGGAAAACUUUCCAGCCCCUGCUGAUAUUGGAAGUAUGGCAGAGCUUUCAAUCAGCUAAAGAAGAGGGCUCUUUUAGACCCUUUGAAAUCAAGGUUUCAAGUCGCAUUACUGUCGAUUCUUUUGUUGAGGUUACUACGUUCAUGAGACCUGCAGAAGUCAAGGACCUUGGAUUGGGAGAGGCGGAUUUGGUUCUGAUAUCCAAGUCAAGCGAUCCCAGUUCUGAUAGCAAAGAGCCCCACUGCCUUGCGAGAAUCAUUAGCUCGACUAAAAAGAAGGGAAUGAUAGAGGUUGGCUAUCGUCUAAACGUCUCCACUCCACUCAACAGCUUCAUUGCACCAGGAAACUCACUGUUUGCCGUACGAGUUAUGUCGUUAACUCCCGUGGAACGAGAAUAUGGAUCCCUACUGGCACUUAAGUAUUAUGAUCUAAGCGAAGAAAUCCUCUCGGCUAGGCCGUCGCCUAUCCUGAAGUAUACGCCGGAGAGUUUGCAACCCAUCAUAGACACCUACAAAGUCAAUCCUGCACAGGCGAAAGCUGUCCGGUCGGCUUUGGAUAAUGACGCGUUCACGUUGAUCCAAGGGCCUCCUGGGUCGGGUAAAACUAAAACCAUCAUCGCCUUGGUUGGCGCCCUGUUGAGUCCCAUCCUUAGGGAGCAAAGUAUUUCUUGCUCUAGCUCGUCGUCUUCAACUCGGCCUGCCUUAUCGUCUUCAACCCAAUCCGCUGCCAAGAAUGCUCCAACAUUCAAGAGCAAGAAACUACUUGUCUGUGCACCGAGUAACGCAGCCGUUGAUGAAUUGGUAAUGAGAUUCAAGCAGGGGGUUAUUUCGACGGACGGACACAAGCGGGAGAUAUCUGUUGUCCGUCUCGGUCGUAGCGACGCAAUAAAUUCAAAUGUCAUCGAUGUAACUUUGGAUGAGCUUGUGAACGAAAAGCUUAGUGGAACUGCUCGCAAAUCCGGCAACGAGAAGGAUCUUCAGACGUUCUAUCUGGAGCAUAAGGAUGCGUGUACCCAGUUCAAUGGAGUUCGCGAGAGAAUUGACCAGUGCCGCGCUAAGAGUGAACGCGUUCCCGAGGAGUUGGAACGAGAAUUCGACCUGUUGAAACGGAAGAAAGCCCAGCUUAGUCAAGCUAUUGACGAUGCCAGGGACAGUAACCUGGUUGCAGCUCGCAAUGCUGACCUUUUAAGGAGGAAGAUACAGCAAAAUAUUCUCGAGGACGCCCAUGUGCUAUGUGCGACACUGAGCGGAAGCGGUCAUGAAAUGUUCCAGUCUUUGGAUAUUGAAUUUGAAACGGUAAUCAUCGAUGAGGCAGCCCAGUCCAUUGAAUUGAGUGCUCUUAUCCCGCUUAAGUAUGGUUGCUCUAAAUGUAUUCUUGUCGGUGACCCUAAGCAGCUGCCGCCUACGGUCCUAUCCAAGGUGGCAUCACGCUUCCAGUAUGAACAAAGUUUGUUCGUAAGAAUGCAGGCCAAUCAUCCGCAGGACGUUCAUCUCCUAGAUACCCAGUACCGAAUGCAUCCUGAAAUCAGCCGUUUCCCCAGUGCUGCAUUCUAUGACGGUCGACUUCAGGAUGGGCCAGACAUGGAUAAACUACGAUCUCGAAUCUGGCAUAAGAGUGAGCUUCUCGGACCCUAUCGGUUUUUCGACGUCCAGGGACUCCAUUCCAGCGCUCCAAAAGGUCAUUCACUGGUCAACUUGGCGGAAGUCCGCGUGGCCAUGAAACUUUACGAGCGGUUGACUACAGAUUUUAAAAUCUAUGACUUUACGAAUAAAAUCGGAAUCAUAACUCCGUAUAAAGGCCAGCUUAGGGAAAUGAAGAACCAGUUUGCCAAUAAGUACGGGAGUUCGAUUUUCACUAUGAUCGAGUUCAAUACGACAGAUGCUUUCCAGGGACGAGAGUGCGAAAUCAUUAUAUUCUCUUGUGUUCGCGCAUCUGAUCGAGGCAUCGGUUUCUUGGCUGACAUUCGUCGGAUGAACGUCGGAUUGACACGCGCAAAGUCAUCACUUUGGGUUCUUGGAAGCUCGAAGUCACUCGUUCAAGGCGAAUUCUGGAGAGGGUUGAUUAAUGAUGCACAUACCAGAAAAUUGGUCACCCAGGGAGAUAUCUUGGGAAUCCUGCAGAAGCCGCAGAUUAUUCCAGAUAUAGAGCUCAACGAUGUGGAGAUGAUCGAUGCCCCGAGGAGCGCGAUAUGCUCCCCGUCGUCUAGGCCCCAAUCUACAACUCCAAACGAUAAUGGGAGUAGUCGUCCAUCAUCUUCCCUUUCGACAGGCCGCCUGUCCAGUAUUGCUGAAGCUCACAAUACCUCAUCCAGAGACACGCCGGGUCACAGUCCAAAAUUAUCUCCUUCAGCCGUACCCGAUGGCCCUUCUGGAGGCAAAUUCGGUUUGAACGAGCUCGCCAUGUGUGGAUAUUGCGGAAGUUACGAGCAUAUGACGCCAAACUGCGACAACCUUGCUGCCAAAAUGGCCGCCCAGGGCUCCUGCCGGCGAUGCGGUGACGCUUCCCACUCCAAGAGAGAUUGCAAGGAAGAACGCUGUCUUCAAUGUGGAAAGUUUGGGCAUCUAGCUCCCGCAUGCAAAUCAAGCGUCAUCCUCCCCAAGCGGCAGAAGGAUAAAAUUGCUCACUCCGAACGCAUCCAUGCUGAGGUUCAAAAGGCCAAUCUCGAACGGCAGCGUCUAAGGCAGCUCGGCGAUCAUGUCCCGAAGGUACCCCCUAUCCAAGUACCCUCUAAUAUCUCCCCAAAUAGAUCACCACCCAUAUUCAGGGCAACACCUCCAAGACGGGACCUGCCGAAUCCUGAGCAGGAUGAUUCCGGAAAGCGGAAACGCAUGGAACCAGAUCCUCCUGUUCCACUGAAAAACGUGAAAGUCCGGAAACAGAAUGCUCAGUUCAAUGCUCAGUUUGCGCCGCCUCCGACUGCACCAAUCGGCCCAAGAGGUAAAAAAUUUGACCCGAAUGUCAUUGCUCCUCCUAGCAGUGAUCUUGUAAUCCCGUCAAAACCUGGAAAUGGAUAUCAACCGAUUAGCACUAAAGAGCAACAACAAUAUCGCAGUCCGAGCUUUGGGCCUGGACUCACAGCCGGUCCUGGGCCCAUAUUGGACCAACAUCCCGCAAAUACCGGGUUACCACCUGCUGCAUCUCCACAUCUCAAUACAUCAUCUCCCCGUCGCAACAUCAAAGUGAGAGGACCGCCACCACCAAUACGCAAAAAGAAGCCAACAAGUAUAUUCAUUCAACCUAAGAGAAGAUAG